CGAUUAAACCAUUAAAUCGCGAUUACUGUUUCGCGUUUGACCUGAUCCGAGUUUGUUGUCUUUGACCCGAUAAACCCAUUUUAGAAACGACGUCGUGUGCUAUUGGAGAAAGUCUUAAGACUAAACGGCGGCGUUUGUUUCUAAUACCUCUGUCGUCGAUUGAGGAAUUAGAUUUAGGGUUUGCACAUUUUGAAAAAAUCGAUUUGGGUUUAGGGUUCUGAGAGAUUUCGAAGAGAAGAGAUGCCAAUGACAGAGUUGAUCUAUGAGAGUGAUCCAGAUGAUCCCGAUUGGAGAGAGGUAGCCUCGGAUGAAGAGAGUCAGGGAGAUGGAGACAAGAGCAGAGAAGAUGGGGAUGAUGAGGAAGACGUCGUCGAGAGUGGUGAUGAUGGAGAGAAGAGCGAGGAUGAUGGCAAAACCCUAAACAAGGAGCAAGAAGAAGUCCUCCGCUCUAAACCAUCCGUCUUCGUCCUUAUUGAAGAGCUUGAGAAGAUCCGUGCUCCUCUCUCCGCCGAUGUUGCAGAAGAAAUCAGCCUCGCUACUGAGCAAUAUCCCCAAAUUGGUUUUUGAAUUGGGUUUGUUUUCAGUCUCCUCUUAUUAAAACACAGGACGUCGU